AUGGUGCAAACACGCGCCCAGCAAGAGAAGGCGGCGGAGAGAGUAGACGACACUACCACGGAGGGGCAGGGAGAUGGGGCAAAAGCAGCGGCUGGCACCAAGCGAAGCAAGCCGUCAGACAACGGUGCUCUUGAGGAGAGCGCAGGAGGAGAAGCAGCGGAUGAGGGCGAGCUUGCAAAGGAGCAGCCGCCCGCCAAAAGCGCAAAGCAAUACGGCGACAGCAACGAGAAGCACCCCGUCCUCAGCAAGCUCCUCUCCUCUUUCGCCUCAUUCCCACUUCAUGACUGUGGCCUCAGCAAACCCACAGACCCGACGGCCGAGACCAUCCUCGCCCACGUCCUGCACGCACUCCUCACCUCCACCCGCAUCUCGCAUCAGAUCGCCAACACCACCCUGAAGAAGGUCAUAGAGGCUGGUUACGCGCAGUUGGAGACGCUGGAAAAGAGCACUUGGGGACAGCGCACACAAGUUUUGACAGAUGGCGGCUACACUCACUACCGAGAGAAGACCAGCACAGAACUGGGCGAGCUGGCUAAGCUGGUACGAGAAAAGUACGACGGUGAUCUGAACAACCUCCUACGUAAGGCGAAGGAGCAAGGCGACGGCGGCGGUGUGCGAAAAGCGGUACGCGACGGCAUCGGGGAGGUCAAAGGCAUUGGAAGCGUAGCGCUGGACAUCUUCUGUGACACCGUGCAGGGCCUGUGGACAGAACUGGCGCCAUUCGUUGAUCCCAGGAGCGAGGAGACUGCGAGAGAGAUCGGCAUCCCUGUUGAGGUGGAGGAGUUGUACAAGGCUGUUGGAGAGGACGCUGUGACAAUGUGCAAGAUUACUGCCGCGUUGACGACCGUCAGACUCGAGGGGCUGCUGAACGAGUUCUCGGCGUAG